GUCGGUCAAUAUUUAUCGAUAGCGGCAAAAAAAAUUGUAGAAAAUUUUUCUGAUUCGUAAAUGCAAAUUAAUUAGAUUGAAUUGUGUGAUAAUUGUGCAAUGGAAACAAGUUUAGAUGAAAGCAUGGAUGCGGAUAGAGCAAGCUUAAGUCCACAAGACUCCCAAAGUCAGUCUCCACCUGCAGUAAACGGAAAAACUACGGCUGUCAAUGCUGGUAGUCAAGACGGAACCAAUGGGGUAGCAAUUGCUAAGGAAAAACCAAACGCCAAUGAAGUGCAUUGGAGCAAGCCAUUUAAUGCGUUUAGCGGUCGUCCCAUAGGCGAACACACGCAACUGCAGCAGCAACAACAACAAAAGCAGCAGCAACAGCAGCAGCUACAACAACAACAACAACAACAGCAGCAUACAGCUCAGCAUAUAGCAAGCAAUCAGCCGGCUGCCGUUGUCAAUGGUGUGGCACAAGCACCAGAAAUUUGGGUCGAAACAAAAGCCGAGGACGGGCGUUCGUAUUAUUAUCAAGCUGUGACGCGAGAGACAACUUGGACACGACCCGAUGGUCCAAACAUCAAAAUCAUGACACAAGUUGAGGUUGAAGAGCUAGCCAAACGGCAGCCAAAUGCAGUUACCAAGCCCGAGACGAACCCGGGGGAUCGUGCUGAAGGUUCAGCCGCAGCUGCUGCUGUGCCUGGUCAUGCACAUUUGACCUCGCAGCCGCCGCCGCAUCUAUUGAAUCAACCACCGCCCAAUAGUGGGGGGCCGCUGCUUAGCCAGCCGCCACCGAACGUGCGUCAGCAGCCGCCACCGAUGUUCCAGCAGCCACCCGGAAUGCAGCCCCCACCUGGUUUUGGUCAACCUCCUCCGUUUUGCAUGCCGCCGCCUGCGUAUGGGUUUCCGGGAGGGGCACCGGCAGGACCCUGGGGCGUUGGUGUGCCGCCCUGGCAACAACAACAACAGCAACACAUGCAUGCACCGCCAACAGCAUCACAGGACAAGCCUGCGAAGAAUUUAAUCAUCAAGCCGGGAGUCAUUGACCCCGCUGUCAUAGCCCGCGCAGCCGAAUGGUCUGAACAUCGUGCCCCUGAUGGUCGUCCAUACUACUUUCAUGCAGCUCGGGGCGAGAGCGUGUGGGAGAAACCACAGGCGCUUCGGGACAUGGAAGCUGCGCGCAUGGCAGCUCACUCGGGAGCAUCUCCUCAGGCGCCACCAGUUGGUGCUCCCGCUGGCAUGCCGCCUCAUUUGCUACCCAAUCCAUUAAUGCACAUGCCGCCAGGUGCAGGUCCCGGCUUUGAUCCUCAAUUGGCCUUUGCCGCAGCUGCAGCUGCCAUGAAGGCGAACAGUGACAACAAUAAGGCAGCACAGGCCGCUGCACUGGAAAAGGAAGCUAAAAAGGCAGCCGAGGAGAAGCGCAAAAAGGAGGAGGAACAAAAGAAGCUAGCAGCGGCAGCUGCCACUGCCAAGCAGACCGACAAAUCACGUCCUGUGACCAGCACACCCAUUGCAGGCACUCCCUGGUGUGUGGUGUGGACUGGCGAUGCGCGAGUUUUCUUUUAUAAUCCUUCAACGCGUACUUCUGUAUGGGAUCGACCCGAAGAUCUGAUGAAUCGUGAGGAUGUCGACAAGGCGGUCAAUGAACGACCUGAGCAGCUAAAAACAGCAGAGGAAAAGUCCGCUGAGGCGGAUCCAAAACCAGGAGAGAAUACAACUGCGCAGGAGCAGCAGGCAUUAUCACAGCAACAGCCGCAGCAUCAGCAGGUGCAGCGCCUGGAGCCGGAUGAGGACGAAGAUGAUGAAGUCAUUAAAAUACGCACCGAAUCCGAGUCCAGUGUCGAGGAAGUGCCCACAAAGCGUAUGCGCUCGUUUACCAAGGCCAAGAAAAAUGAGGAUGCCGUGCUGGAGGCUGAACAACGGGCGGCCAAGGAGCGCGCCUUGGUCCCGCUGGAGACCCGCGUCACUCAGUUCAAGGAGAUGCUGCGCGAAAAGGAUGUGUCCGCAUUCAGCACCUGGGAAAAGGAGCUACACAAGAUUGUAUUCGAUCCGCGUUACUUGCUGCUGACAUCGAAGGAACGCAAACAGGUAUUUGAAAAGUAUGUGAAGGAUCGUGCCGAGGAGGAGCGCAAGGAGAAACGCAACAAGAUGCGACAGAAGCGUGACGAUUUCCGUAAACUCAUGGAGGAGGCCAAGCUGCAUGGCAAAUCUUCGUUCUCGGAGUUUAGCCAACGGAAUGCCAAGGAGGAGCGAUAUCGGGCCAUUGAGAAGGUGCGUGAGCGUGAGAGUCUGUUUAAUGAGUUUAUCGUUGAGGUGCGUCGUCGUGAGAAGGAAGACAAGCAGCUGAAAAAAGAGCAGAUACGAAAAGAGUUUAUGGACAUGUUGCGGGAGCGUCAUGACAUUGAACGUCACACGCGAUGGUAUGACAUUAAGAAGAAAUUCGAAUCGGAUUCCCGUUAUCGUGCUGUGGACUCCAUGUAUCGGGAGGAGUACUUUGAGGAUUAUUUGCACAUCAUGAAGGAAGAGAAGCGCAGAGAACGUGAGCUGCGUGACCAGCGGGAUCGGGAGCGCCAACGGGAGCGUAAAUCUGAUCGCCGGGAUAGGGAAAAGGAUAAAGACAAGAGUCGCAAGGACAGUCGCAAGGAUCGCAGUCGAACCAGGGAUCGCGAUCGCAAAUCACGGGAAAAGGAUGAGAAGAGCAAAGAUCGCAAGAAGCAAGAGUCGCCCGAGGAAGGCGAACACCAUGAGGAAUCUGAUCAUGAGGAGCGAGCAGGCAGCGAGGACAGCGAAUUGGCGCGUCAGCGUGAAAGCGAAGCGGAGCAAAAGCAAAAGGAUCGCGAGCGCAAGUUGCGUGCCGAGCAGAGCAUCCGGGAGCGUGAGAAGGAGGUGCAUCGCACAUUGGCCGGACAUCUGCGUGACCGCGACAAGGAACGGGAGCAUCACAAGCGCGACGAGUGCAUUGGACACUUUACGGCGCUGCUGACGGAUCUGGUACGCACGCCCGACUUUACCUGGAAGGAGGUGAAACGACAAUUGCGUAAGGAUCAUCGCUGGGAGCUUAUAGAGACACUCGAUCGUGAUGAUCGUGAGCGUAUCUUUAAUGAGCACAUUGACAAUCUGAUGAAAAAGAAACGUGAGAAGUUCCGCGAAAUGCUCGAUGAGAUUGGUACGCUGCAGUUGACCAGCACCUGGAAAGAGAUUAAAAAAUUAGUCAAAGAUGAUCCCCGAUAUCUCAAAUACAGCUCUGAUAAGGGAGAGCGCGAGUAUCGUGAUUACAUCAAGGAUAAAACGAUGCAGGCAAAGACCGCGCUGCGUGAAUUGUUGCAGGAAUGCAAAUUCAUUACACACAAGAGCACCGAUCUCAUCAAGGAGAAUGCCAACCAUCUUAAGGAAAUCCAGGACAUUCUCAAAAAUGACAAGCGUUACUUGGUACUGGAUCAUUUGGAGGAGGAGCGCAGUAGCAUCUUGCUGGCAUUCUUGGAGGAGAUGAACAAACGUGGACCGCCACCACCGCCGACUGCCUCCGAAUCCACUCGACGCAAUAAGUAAAGUAAAAGUCGCAAAACAGAAAACUAA